AUGCCGCGCGUGUCUCGGUUUUCCGGGGUCAAGUCCAUCUAUCGCUCGAUUCCCUUUCAGAUUGCCAUCGCCAGCGGUGUCUCGUUCACGGCGCCUGGUAUGUGGGAUGCCAUGAACAACCUUGGCGCUGGUGGAGCUGCUGAGCCCUACGCUGUCUCGGCGGCCAACGCCCUGGUCUAUGGAUUGUUCGCCAUUGUCUGUGUGGCCGCCGGCGCCAUCAACAACCGCAUCGGUCUGCGCUUCGGGUUGGUCCUGGGAGCUAUCGGUUAUCCCAUCUAUGGUGCUGGUCUCUACACCAACAACUAUGCGCCCACCACCUGGUUCAUGCUCUUUGGCAGUGCCUUGUGUGGUAUCUCCGCCGGUUUCUUCUGGGCGGCCGAGGCGGCGAUCAUCAUCGGCUAUCCCAGUCCGGCGGAUCGCGCUUUCUAUUUGGCCAUUUGGCAAACUGCCAAAGCCGCUGGUCCGAUUGUCGGUGGUGCCAUCAGUCUAGGCCUCAACGCGCAGACCUCGUCCAAGGGUACCAUCAGUGCAGGCACGUACAUUGUGUUCAUUGUGAUCAUGUGCCUGGGCUUCCCGAUCGCCCUGUGCCUGAGUCCGGCGGAGAAGGUGCAGCGUAAGGACCGGACGUUGGUGGUGGUGCACAAGCAGGAGUCGUGGGCGGCCGAGUUCAAGGCGGCGGUGAGCCUGAUCUGGACGCGGCGCGUGCUCAUGUUGCUCCCCGCCUUCUUCAUCAGUUACUUCUACAACGCCUUCUCCAGCACGUGGUUGACCGACUACUUCACCGUCCGCUCCCGCGCCUUCUCCUCCUUCUUCACCAACUUCGCCGGUAUCGCCUCCUCGUUCCUGAUCGCCGCUCUCCUUGAUCGCCAGUCCAUUCACAUCAAGACUCGUGCCAAGAUCGGCUUCCUGUCUAUUAUCACCGUCCUCACGGGUACCUGGAUCUGGGCCUGCAUCCUGCAGAGCCAGUUCUACAACGCCCCGGAGGCCCCCACCUUUGACUGGUUCACCGGCGGGUUCGGCAAGUCCUACGCCCUGGUCUUCUUCUGGCAGUUUGGCGGCCAGGCCUUCCAGCAAUUCCUGUACUGGCUGGUCGGUCAGUACAGCACCGAUAUCUCUUCUCUGUCCUACCACUGCGGAAUCCUUCGUGGAUUCGAGGCGCUGGGACAGACCGUUGCCUGGGCUAUGCAAACCGAAGGCAACGUUAACCACUUCGCCAGCAUUGGCCUCAACUUCGGCGUCACCUUGCUGUGCGUCAUCCCCACUUGGAUCGUCCUGUCCGGCCUGGAACACAGCCACGAGGUGCAGGUCACCGCCGAGGAUGUCCAGGCCAAGACUGCGGACGACUCCGAAGCCUAA